UGCAGGGCUGCAGGCGCCUUCUCCCCUCACCUGUUCAGCCACACUCCAGCUCUUCGCUUCAAGCUUCAGUAUGUCCAAACCAAGAGACUACAGCAGCCAGUCCUACUCCCCCAGCAGCAAGAAGCCGCUCAGAAGCGUCCCGACCGACAGAGUCGAUUCAUCGGGAAAAUCCAAGGAGAAGAACGACUUGGUUGGACUCAAUGACAAGUUCGUCGCGCUCAUUGAAAAGGUGAAAAACCUGGAGAAUGAGAAGAGAAGACUUGAGACAAAGCUGAAGAUCCUCAGGGAGCAGGAGGACUACAACGGGAAGGUUGAGUAUCUUGUGAAGCAGCUGGAGAACGAGCUGGAGCAGCAGAUUGAAAGCUUGAAAUCCGACCAGAACAAACUGCAGCCUGAGCUGCAGGAGAUCCAGGACGAGGUGGACGAUACCAAGAAAAGGUAUGAAGACCAGUUGCGCCAGAGAGGUGACCUUGAGAACGACUUUAUUGUGUCUAAAAAGGAAGUAGACGAAGGCCACUUGGAGGCAGUAGCUCUGGCUGUGGAUCUUGAGGACCUGAUGAGAACAAUGGCCUUCCUCAGGCUCGCAUUUGAUGAGGAGAUCAAGGAGCUGGAGUCACGCAUCCAGAACAAAACAGUGGUCCUACAGGACAACACCAGACGUUCUCUGGACAUGGACCAGUUCAUCAAGACCGUUGAGAAUCAAUAUGCUACCAUGGCUACCCGCACCAGGGAAGAGGCUGAGCAGUGGAACCAGAGAAAAAUGGAAUCUCUGGUCCAAACUGUAGGAGAGCGCGAGCAAGAAGUGCGUGACAUAAAGAGGGAGAUUUCAGACUUGCUGCGUCUCAUCCAGAGGCUUACAGCAGACCUGGAGAGUCUCAGAAGGAAGGAGGAGGCCCUCAUGAAUGACCUGGAUGAUGCUAGAAAAGAGGGUGAGGAAAAUCUCAACAAGGCCCGGGAAAAUAUCGCUCUGCUGGAAGAUUGUUUGAAGCGGGCCAGGCAGGACUUGGCUACACUGAUCCGUGAUCACCAAGAGCUGCUGAACAUCAAGCUGGCCAUGGACAUCGAGAUCAACACCUACAAAAAGCUGCUGGAGGGCGAGGAGCAGAGAAUGAGCUACCUAAUGCGCCAAUCAGACGUUCACCUGCCGCCGACGCGAUACGUGCCAGCCAACCCGAAAGCCACCGAACCCACCCCUGUCCGGGAUAUCGCCGCCACCACGCCCACCACUAUUGUCCCACCAGUGUCCCCUGCCACCAAGAAGCGCCUGUUGAUCCGGUUGGAAGUGGAAGAAGGCAAACUUGUGUCUGAAAGUUACCAGUACACUGACUGAUUGACUGGGACUGUCAUGCCUCUGUCUGCAGCGUUAGAGUAUGUCAGCUCAAUCAGUCAGAGUCACCGAUGGGGCUUCAAGCCUGUCCCAGCUGACAUGGUGCCAGAAGAAGUGUGCCUGAGCUGGUCCAAUCCAUCACAGGCCGAUAUCCGCAAACUGUGAAUCAAUGUGAAUGAAAAUGUGAAACUAAUUCAAAUGAAGUUAAAUUUAUUUAAAUUA